UUUUUUUUAUAUAAUUUCGAAUCUUUUUAUUUAUGAAAAAACGCAAUCUCUACUCUUAUGCCGGGCGACGAAUGAAUAUCUUCAUCGGAAAGUUUAGGAUGACUUCCCUCCGGCUACCCUAUUCACCUCCUUCCGCCGUCUCCUUUCUCUUACACCGUCGCCUAUUUACCACCUUCCAGUGUUCCGCUUCCACACAGUCCAAAAAGGAGAAAGUAAUCGUCAUAUCCGGUCCCACCGGUGCCGGGAAAAGCAGGCUCGCAUUAGAACUCUCUAAAAAACUCAACGGUGAAAUCAUCAGCGCAGACUCUGUUCAGGUUUAUCAAGGCCUUGAUGUUGGAUCUGCAAAACCUUCUACAAGUGAAAGACAGGAAGUGCCACAUCAUUUAGUUGACAUCUUACACCCCUCCGAAGAUUACUCUGCUGGAAACUUUUAUGACGAUGGUAGGCAAGCAACAAAAGAUAUUCUUAGUCGAGGUCGUGUUCCAAUAGUUACUGGAGGAACCGGACUAUACUUAAGAUGGUUCAUAUAUGGGAAACCUGAUGUUCCAAAGGCAACUUCGGAGAUUAGUUUGGAAGUGCAGUCUGAGCUUGCCGGUUUUGAGAGAACCUAUGAUUGGGACGCUGCGGUGCAGUUGGUGACCAAUGCAGGUGAUCCUACUGCUCAAUCGUUGCCUGCUAAUGAUUGGUACCGUUUACGUCGCAAGCUUGAAAUCAUCAAGUCUAGCGGUAUGCCUCCAUCAGCUUUUCCAGUACCUUAUGAUUCUUUCAAAGGAGAAACUGCUUCACAUUCCACAGACCUUGGCAUUGACAUUUCGACUAAUGGAAUUCUGGAUGAAAAGCAUAAGGAUUUGGAUUAUGAUUUUAUUUGUUUUUUUCUUUCAACAUCAAGAUUGGAUCUUUACAGGUCGAUUGACUUCAGGUGUGAAGAUAUGAUUUCAGGAGAUACUGGCAUUUUGUCUGAAGCAAGAUGGCUUCUUGAUAUGGGUCUUCAGCCAAAUUCAAAUUCUGCCACGCGCGCAAUAGGUUACCGACAGGCUAUGGAAUACCUUUUGAAUUGUGAAAACCAAGGAGGCAGAAGUUCGACACGUGACUUUUAUGCCUUUCUAUCUGAAUUUCAGAAAGCAUCAAGGAAUUUUGCAAAACGACAAUUGACAUGGUUUCGCAACGAGCCAAUUUAUCACUGGAUUGAUGCUUCUAGACCCCUUACAGAGGUACUAGAUUUUAUAUAUAAUGCAUACCAUGAUCAAACUGGAAAACUGGUGGUCCCUCGGUCACUUGCAAUGGACAAAGAAAUAGCAGACCGAAGAGAAAUUACACAACUAAAAACCUAUCGAACUAAAAGAGGGGUUUUCAUCAGCCAAGAGGACUGUUCUGAUGUUCUUGACUGGAUAAGUAAUAAUCAAAGGCGGACCACCGAAUUGAUUGCUAAUUAGCUUGACCCAACAGGAAAGUUAGGUUUGUUUUUUUGUUUUGUUUUGUUUUUUUUUUUUUUUUUUUUUUUUUAAUUCGAUUAGGGACAAAUCCAUGUAAAAGUGUAAAACAAGAAACUUAUUUACGACUGAAAACAAAAGAACAUUUCUGCUAUUUAUAUUGCAGCAUACUCACAUCUGUAAAAGCAGCUUUGUUUUUCAA